AAGCUAAGCGACCUUCACCUUGUCCUGACGCAAGAGCGACCUAAGCCCGACCGUGUCUGGGGAUGCUACCUCGACCUCCUCAAUUUCCUCGGCUUCCAGAAGCUGCCAGUCGAGAUACACCGGGCAGUCCUGCGACACUGUACCCCUCCCGCUUCUGAACUCCGGGUCGCAGCUCUCAGGCAUAUGCCAGGCGUACGCAGAGUGCGUGGCACUCACCACCACGAGGGUCGGUUUCAGGCCAUUAUUCGUAACAUGCGCUCGUCGGGCUCAACACCCUCACUUGACGACUACCAUUUCAUCCUCGAGCAGUUCGCCGCUGUGGGGUAUCAUGAAGGAGUCAUGCAGGUGCUAGGGGAGGUCUCCCGUCUCAGCCUGCCGAAGACCCAGAAGACGUAUGGCCUGUGUCUGCAGGCACUAUGUCAUCGGCUGACCUUGCCAUGCUGGUUUGAGACACGUCCGUCCCUAGUCGCGGAGGUAACUCGCUCGUGCCUAGAGUUGCUCGAAGAGAUGCGUUCUGAGAACAUGCCUCUUACAUCUCUCAAUGUCGGCCUCGCACUGCGGAUACUCAAGGAGACGAGUAAAAUAGAUGAUUGGGCAAAGCUAUUGAAGGUCGCCUACGGAAUCGACAUGUCGUACCCUGAUCGUCCGCCACUGGAGCUUUGGGACCAGGCAGUGAGCGGCGUUCCUAACGGACUGGUGUUCCCAGAUCCACUUCCAUUCUCUACCGCCGCGCUCAACACGACCAUCGACAUGCUAGGACGUUCGGGAGAGAUUUCGAAGCUCAUACAGGCGUUCGAAGUUCUCACUACUCCACUCCCCUCUCAGGCAUCCAACUUCUCCCCAUCCUUCGAUGACGAAGACGAAGACGACUUCGGUGUCUCGAACCCCAAGGUCGCCCCUUAUCGAACGCCUUACGCGGAGCCCAACACGAUGACGUACCAGACGUUGCUCAAAUGGAUUUCAAGGCACGGUCACAUCGCGCUCGGGCGACAUUACCUACUACAGGCCAUCGCGCUCGAAAAACGUGUCCUUCACAAACUAUGGCUUGAUCUGCGGCACAAACCCAUGAAGGAAAUUGCGGCGCCUAGGUUCGCCGUGAAUCGCAACAUGCUGCUCUCGGUGUACGCGGAGGCUGUGCGCAACAAGAACACUGAGAUAUUGCGCUGGGUGUUCGAGAAGGCCGGACAGGUGAUUAAAACGAAACGCAAACACCUCAGACACAGCCUCGAAACUUGCGAGAGACGGAGGAUCACUGCCCAGCGUUUGCUGAAAGACGAGGAAGCGCCGCUCGCAGCGAGCGACGUCGAGCCCUCGUCCACAAACAACGACGCUUCAUUCUCUACGUUUUUCACCCCGACAUCCACGCCGGAUGAACAUGUCGCCAAAACGGUCGAGGUUCCCGCAAUGCCAUACUUCGACGUCGAUCUUGACAACCCUUCACGUUCACAAAAACUUUCAAGGCCUUUCAACAUUGAUCUGCAUAUCCGCUUGCUCGAAGAGGAGAUUGAGAAGCUGUGGGACUUCUAUGAGCACGCUGCAGAUAACCUCGGGCGUAUAUCUCAGCGCGUUAAGGAGCGUCUCGGUCGGAGAGUGUGGAAGGAGAAAGACGUAUACAUGCGGGAUGAAAGACGGCGUGUACAUGUCGGACGGGCAAAGUGGAAGGAUACGGUGCAUUUC